CAAAUUCCAAUUGUAAACCUACCUGGAGAGCACGCCCCCUUGUGCAACCAUCCUCUCCAAAUCCAAAUAAUUGAAACCAAAGCCAUCUUCGUUCUAUUCUUAAAUCAUCAUUUUUACGGACUUUGUCUGUAGCUCCCGUUCAACAACGGACUUUAAACCCGUAAGGCUCAUCAAGUACGACGACAACAAACACGAAGCCAGCAACAAGACCGAGCCUCCAACGACGACGCGACGACAAGCGAGCCAUCCCGAAACAACACAGGUAUUAUUGCCUAUACAUUCAUGCAACUUUCUACGUCAGCUUAGGGGGGCGCACACAGUUCCUGCCCUCAUUGUCUCAUGUUGGGAGCGAAGGAUUUUGGACCAACAGAACAGUGUCAGCUAUCAACCAAACUGAUAAAACGGGUGCGGGAUGCCUCCGAUACCAAACGCCAAUGGAGCAAUAGGUUCACCGACAACUAUAUCGAGCCGUGUGUCAGACCAAGAUGAUGAAAGUCAGAAUGACUUGGAGUCUUCCGAUACAGGGUUCAAUAUCCCAUACAAUUUCAUCGCAAGAGACAGCCGGGGAAUAUCCCAUCUGCGAGUCGCGAUGCACGAGCACAGCAGGAUGCAAUCCGGUGUUACCCGCAAAUUCGUCGAAGACAUGGGCUACACAACUUUACCUCUUCCGCCGACAAUACGUUGCCAGUCGCGCGAAACGGCCUAUGGACUACCUCUAUUCGAAGAAUUCGUUUCUCUAGAAGUCCUUGGGACUUUACCUGAUACAUCAGUCAUUCAUGUCGGAGUAUUGGCCGAUGAGCAACAACCGGACAGCCCCGACAUCUAUAUCUGCGCAAAAACACAGCAAAAAGUCAUCCGCAUACUAGAACUUUCCAUGGCACCUCAGGGAAGUCUUCGUGGUGAUAAGCCCUGCGGGGAAACAUCCAAGAGUCUCAGCAAGCCAUCUUUUACACCGACCGAAACGAAGAAUGAGAAGGAGAACCAACUGGUGUCUGCUACUUAUGGUAGCAGCUGCCAAGACUGUGGACCCGCCACCCUACCUCAAGAUGCAGAAUCGGUCGACGAUGCUAUCUCGGACGCGAUACAAGAAUCGAUGCUGGACCUUCCAGACUCUCGCAGUGGACUUGGAAGCGCCGCAGUCUUCACAUCCCGGGGUCUACCUCAGUCUUCGUCACCAACAACGAUUGAGCCAUGGGAGGCAUCCUCCUACUACUCUAAACAGAAACAGUCUAUUAAUCCAGGGAAAUUGGUGUCGCAAGAGCCCAUUGAUAAUCUGGUGUCGAGAGAAUACGCGUCUCAAGCACGUCGUAUCUGCGUCGAUGCCCCUGACGUCUGCUGAUGUCUAUUGUGUGCGUCAACACGGUCUCUUGGAGUUUUGUACGAUUUUCGGUGUUUUGGUGUUUUGGCGUUUUCAAUAUUCUUCAUUGACUUGCACAAUAGUAUUCGAACUAUUUUUCUAGUGAUCAUCUCUUCAGUUCACCUCCAUUCGUGUUAGAUCGACAGAGGGCGUGGAGCAUAGCACUCAAGGGCAUUGCUAGACCUGUAGAUAUAAACAUGCAUGCUGUAUAUGCUCGACAUCUCAUCAAAAGAGUAGACCACUGUUUCAAUGGGCUCAGAGGUUGAGAGGUCUUCGCAGAGUUGAGAAGCAACUUGUUAACGGAACCGCACUUGAGAAUCGGUAUUGUACACCUCUUUUAGACCAAGGUAUCUCGUAUUGGGGGACCUUUAGGACUUGAAAUAACACCAGAGCUUUGAUGAUCAAUGCAUUCGUCAG